CUGCAGCUGGUGUACCCCAGCGACUUCCGGCUCACAGACAAGGAGAAAAGCAGCAUCUGCUACCUGUCCUUUCCUGACUCCCACUCAGGUAGGCGACCCCAACUCUCCCUGGCUCGGGCUGAUGGGUGAGAGGAAGAAGGUGGGGAGGUGAGGCCAUCGAGGAGCCCCUGUGGCCCAAGCCAGGGGCAUCACAUCCUGUAAACGCCAGCCCCUCCUCCUUCCGUGGAGACACCCAGAGCCCCACAACACAGCAGUGGCGGCCUGGUUCCCAUUUUUCGUGUGCACGGGGACCAGCGGGGUCUGGUCUCCGUCACCCCACCACAGUAACCUCCAGGAUCUGGGUCCCAGGCUCUGCUCUUCCUGGGGCCCAGGUGUCUGGGUAAGCUGAGCCUGCCCUCACCGUAGUCUCCCCGAUGCCCACCUGUGCUUGGACAGUAGGCUGCUGCUGGUGCUUCUGGGUGCAGACUUUACCCUGAAACUCUCAGGUGUAGGAGGUAGGACACAGGGACUUCUGUAGGGAGAAUCAGGCCCAGCGGGUGGGUGGGGCUUGCUCUCUGGGCCCUUAUAGCCCAGCAGAGGCCGGCCUCAACGGCCGUCACCCCCGUUCCUGCUGUCCCUGCCCCCAAAUGGUGGCAGGAAAUGCUCCAGCCCUGACAUGGCAGCAUGGUGGGGGCUGCCUCCCUUACCCAGGCUGCCUUGGGGACACGCAGUUCAGCUUCCGAAUUCGUCAGUGUGGAGGACAGAGGAGCCCCUGGCCCACCGAUGACAGACACUAUGACAGUGGGGCCCCCGUGUCACUGCAGGCAGGUGAAGGACAGCUCCAUGAAGAGGGGCUACUUCCAGAAGUCGCUCGUGCUGGUGUCCCGCCUGCCCUUUGUCCGGCUGUUCCAGGCACUGCUGGGCCUGAUUGCCCCCGAGUUCUUCGACAAGCUAGCACCCUGCCUGGAAGCAGUGUGCAAUGAGAUUGACCAGUGGCCGGCCCCCGAGCCCGGGCAGACCCUGAACCUGCCUGUCGUGGGCGUCGUCCUGCAGGUGCACGUCCCGUCCAAGGUUGACAAGCCUGACUGCAGUCCUCUGAAGCAGUGUGGCCAUAAGAACCUGCUGCCUACCCCGCUGGUCCUUAGCAGUGUCCAUGAGCUGGACCUGUUCAGGUGCUUCCAGCCAGUGCUGACCCAGGUGCAAACGCUGUGGGAGCUUAUGCUCCUCGGGGAGCCCCUGGUGGUCCUGGCACCCUCACCCACCGUGUCCUCGGAGAUGGUGCUGGCCUUGACCAGCUGUGUGCAGCCCCUCAAGUUCUGCUGCGACUACCGCCCUUACUUUACCGUCCACGACAGCGAGUUCAAGGAGUUCACGACCCGCACGCAGGCCCCACCAAACGUGGUCCUGGGAGUCACAAACCCUUUCUUUAUCAAAACACUCCAGCACUGGCCCCACAUCCUCCGCAUCGGGGAGCCCAAGCUGUCAGGGGGUCUUCCUAAACAGGUCAAGCUGAAAAAGCCCUCGAGGCUGAAGACCCUCGAUACCAAACCAGGCCUCUACACUGCAUACACGGCCCACCUGCACCGCGACAAGGCACUGCUCAAACGGCUGCUCGGGGGCCUGCAGAAAAGGCGGCCGCCAGGAGCCCUGGCCGCGCUGCUGCGGACGCACCUGCUGGAGCUCACGCAGAGCUUCGUCAUCCCGCUGGAGCACUACAUGGCCAGUCUCAUGCCCCUGCAGAAGAGCGUCACGCCCUGGAAGCCUCUGUCUCAGGCCCCUCCCCAGAUCCGCCCCUUCCACCAGGACGACUUUCUGCGCAGCCUGGAUCACGCGGGACCGCAGCUCACCUGCAUCCUCAAGGGUGACUGGCUGGGCCUCUACAGGCGGUUUUUCAAGUCCCCCCAUUUUGACGGCUGGUACCGGCAGCGGCGUAAAGAGAUGGUGCGCAAACUGGAGGCCCUGCACCUGGAGGCCAUCUGUGAGGCGAACAUCGAGACCUGGAUGAAGGACAAGUCCGAGGUGGAGGUUGUGGACCUGGUCCUGAAGCUUCGGGAGAAGCUGGUGCGGGCACAGGGCCACCAGUUCCCCGUGAGGGAGGAGACGCUGCAUCGGGCCCAGCUGAACAUCGAGAUGGUCAUCGGCUCCCUGCCCAAGGACCUGCAGGCCGUCCUGUGCCCCCGCUAGGACAGGCUGAGGGGCAUGGUCCAGGGGCCUGGGUGCCCCUGGGGGCCUGGGUCUGGCCAAGCUCCCUUCUCCCCAGUAAGGGGCAGCCCCAGCCAAGCACACGCUCCGCAGCCCAAGCUCCCUGUUGUUCUCUGGCUUGCCCCUCACUUCCCAGCAGCACUGCUGUCCAGCAGUAAAAGUGGCAUGUGGAACCACAGUCUAGCUCCUGACUGUUGGCAGAUCGUAUGUUGGCUGGAGUCUCACCUCCCCCUGGGCCCCACCUGCCCUCUACAGGGUUGCAGGCUGGUGGGGGGGGGGGGGGGGGGGGAGGCGGGGCUGGCCGUGAGCCCUUGCUGAUCUGGGCCUGGGGCCAGCGCCCCCUCCAGGCACCCAUCUGCCCCAGCCUGGCGCAGCCCCAGGAGGUGCAUUUGAUGUCCCGUAGCCCCACCACGCUGCCCAGGCCGGGACUGGAGGAGGCAGCUGACAAGC